CCUACUGCACAGACUCAGAGCCCCAUGCCGGGAGGAGGUGGUUACUUUGUGUCUAUUGUAUCCCUGGAUGUGUGUGUUUGUACAUUUUUCGGGACGUGAAAUUGAAAGUAAAAAGCAUGGCAGAUGAGCAAGAAAUAAUGUGCAAAUUGGAAAGCAUUAAAGAGAUCAGGAAUAAGACCCUGCAGAUGGAGAAGAUCAAGGCCCGUUUGAAGGCUGAGUUUGAGGCCCUUGAAUCAGAAGAGAGACACCUGAAGGAAUAUAAGCAGGAAAUGGACCUCCUGCUACAAGAGAAGAUGGCCCAUGUGGAGGAACUCCGACUGAUCCAUGCUGACAUCAAUGUGAUGGAAAAUACCAUCAAACAGUCUGAGAAUGACCUAAACAAGCUACUAGAGUCUACUCGCCGGCUACAUGAUGAGUAUAAGCCACUGAAGGAACAUGUGGAUGCCCUGCGUAUGACUCUGGGCCUGCAGAGGCUUCCUGACCUAUGUGAAGAGGAGGAGAAGCUGUCCUUGGAUUACUUUGAGAAGCAGAAAGCAGAGUGGCAGACGGAGCCUCAGGAGCCUCCCAUCCCUGAAUCCCUGGCCGCUGCAGCCGCUGCUGCCCAACAACUUCAAGUGGCUAGGAAGCAGGACACCCGGCAGACAGCCACCUUCAGGCAGCAGCCCCCACCCAUGAAGGCCUGCUUGUCAUGUCAUCAGCAAAUUCACCGGAAUGCACCUAUAUGCCCUCUGUGCAAAGCGAAGAGUCGGUCCCGGAACCCCAAGAAGCCAAAACGGAAGCAGGAUGAAUGAAGAGAGGGAGAAUAAAUAGAGCUCUGCUGCUCAUAACCCCUCCCCUUGGCCAGAGAUGAUGUCCUGAUGUGAAACAACCCUUCCCCACCUCUACCAAGUCUCCUGUUUAAUGUAAUGGAAGCACAACCCCUCUCUCACUUUGCUGGUAUUUCUUUCUGCUCUCAGCUUCCUCUUUCAGGAAGAGAUGUGGUUCAGGUGCUAAUAACAGUAUGUCUGAUAAUCCCUUCUCUCACACUCACAUUUCAAGCCCUGCUCUUGUUUGGAGCUAAGGAUAGGGCAGAAGGCCCAGAUGUGAUUCUCUGUCUCUUCUACCUGAAGGCUGGGACCUAAAAUUUGAGGGCUGGGGGAGUCCCAUAUCUUGUUUCAUGUAAAGUGUGCCCCCUGUCUAUACUUUUGCCUUAGGCUUUGAAGGGACAACAGUUUUCUUGGUGGACUUUCCAAAAGGCUUGGUGCAUAUAUCUUCCCAACCCUCAUCUUAUCUUCAAGGCCCAGAUGUAAUUUGGAGAAGCCCUCUUUUUUAUAUUAAUUUUGAAGGCCUGGCUGUUAUUAUAGAGUUCACCAUCACACUGCACCCCUAGUCUUCUAUAUAUACAAAAGCUCUCAGGUACCAGGCUGUGUGUCUGGGGAUCCUGAGAUCUGCAGACCUUUCUCCCAUAGUCCUACUUUUCACAAGUCUAUAGUAGAAGUUCCCCACAGUGAAAUCAGGGAACUGGAGCUAUAUCCACUUCAUAAGUCCUGCCUAACUUGCCACCUAAGUCAUUGGGCUAAGGCUCUGCUAGAGGCUUAGAUGGGCUCCAGGCUGACAACUGUGUUGCCUUUUGUUCAAAACCAUUACCCUGGCACUUACUCAAUGAUAUAUCUUAGAGGUGACAGUGAGAUUCAAGUGAGUGGCAAUUACUUUACACAUGUGAGUGGGUGGGACUUCUACAUUCAUCUUUCCUUCCCUUGGGUCUUUCUUCCUCUAUCAGGCAGCCUCAGCUCAAGUCAGCUGCUGGCUACCCUCUUUCCUGUGGAUUGUGCAGGUAGCCUCCCCUCCCUAAAGAAAAGGCACCAGGGUCCCCAAGCCCUACAACUCUCUACUCCACCAAAACCAGAUCUCUAAUAAAGUCACUCUCAGUCUUAAGAGACAGGGUUGGGGGUUGCCUAACUGAAAAAGUUUUAUCUCCAGGUCUCAGUCCCUGGUCGGGAAGGAGAGAUAUUUUUCUUUCCUUCCUUCCUUACUCAACUGCAGUUUUAAGUUUCCACAGUGUCUGUGUGUUCAAAAUAUAAGAGAUUCCUCUGCUUUUUGAAAGUAAGAGUGUUAUGUCUAUACAAAUCCUUUUAAAUAAACAUAAGUUCAUUGGAGUAAA